UGCCCUCGCUAGGGCAGGCACCUUGCCGUUGGUGCGGGGGCUUAGCUGAAUCGCCAAUCGGCUAUUCUCUGGACUGGGGUAACGCAGUCACUCUUUUAGUUCCUGCGCUACCCCCUUCCAGCUUAGAACCGCUGGAGAACAGCGACCAAGAACUGCCACCUCCUAAUCCAGGGUGUUACGCGACACCGUGCCUAUUGGACGGUUUGCAGCCAGGAGGGAAUAAUCCGGUUGUAUUAGAACGGCGCCUUCUCGACACCGGGCCGCCUCGAGGAGUAACGGUGGCCUUACCGCGACAUGGGGCGCUGCCGCGGCGGACGUUCGAGAUCCCCCUUAUAUGCAUAGACCGCUGAGUUCGCCCCGACGAUCAGGCGGUCGUACGAACAAGAUGAGCAACAACCAACUAAAAACAAUCACAAAAAAACAACAAAAAACAACAACUGGAACUUCAGAAACAAGAGCAACAGUAACGGUAACAACAGCGCCAGCAGGUAGCAACACACAGAUAGGCAGCUACCCGAAGAGUACUAAGAGAAGAGGCAGCUUCAUGGAGUGUCCUUCUGACACUGAAGCAGCCCUGUUCAUCGAGCACGCGAGCACGGACGAUGAUGAGCCAUCCACCAGUGAGGGGUUUUACCACGAAAAGGCCCUCCCUAAAUCUGACAGGCACCAUGGGAGUGAGCAUUCUUGCAGUCAGUGCAGCUCCGAGAACAGGCACCGCUCCAGCAGAACGACCCAAUCGAUCAGUGGGCGUCGCUCGACUAGCAGGCAUCACUCGGGUUCCCCGGCCAGGCAUCGCUCGAGGUCCACGAGCAGGCGUCGCAGGUCACCGAUUCGCUCAGGGUCAUCGGCUUCAUGCGAAGCAGAGUGGCAGACAGCACGCAGGAAGCACAGGAGGGCGAAACCUUCCCCAUUGCCUUCAUCCGGUCAUCCAGGCGCAUUUCAUGACCAGAAUCGAACUGGCUUGGCUGGUUCGGGAGCCAAAUGGUACCUUCGAUAUCUUGAGCAAGGCAAGACGCCAGAUGUAGCGCGAACUCUCGCCGGCGAAAGGGUGAAGGAGGAGGACAGAGCCAAAAAGGAGAGAGCCGCAUCCGUAGAGGAGCAAACAAACGAUACCAAAGAGCCCGCGCCUGCUAGCAAGCAGAGAAGUGGGAAAAACUAUAGCCACCAUAAACCCGCACCUGCUUCAAAGUGGAAGAGCGGGCAAAUCACAUCACCAGAGCACCCUACCCACAAGCGGCAGCGGGAGCACGCACCACCUCCAGCAUCAUGGCCCAGGAGCCAGGGUGGGCAAUCUGACCAAGGGCAGACGCAGGGGGUGCCCCUCCAGGGCAUUCGUCUAGCGGUGCUGCCGAGAGACUUCCCUGCUGUAGCACUUAGCUCGGAUGAGCUUACCGAUCUUCAGGACGCCAUUAUGGAUGCGGUCUCCAACGGUUGGUCUCACCCAUUGGUGUUCUGUGGUGUCUACUUUAGAUUCGGCUUACUACUUGUUGAUUGCAAGGAUGAGAGGACGGCGGCAUGGCUUGCACAGGUUACUCCUAAGCUUGAGGGUUGGAAGGGACCCGCAUUGUGUACCAAAAGGGGAGAUGAAAUCCUUCCGUUGCAUAACGUUACGGUGUUCCUACCAAGAAGCGCAGACAAAUCGGCUGAAUACGCUCUGGGACUACUCAAAGCGCAGAAUGAGGGCUUGAACACCUCCGCGUGGAGAGUGAUCUCAAGCAGCAUUGAGAACACUGGCCUAAGACUACACAUGGGCAUAGACGAGGAGUCGUAUUGCAGCAUCAAAAGGGCAGGCUUCAAUAUUAACUAUAGAUAUAGCUUCGUCACCGUCAGGCCAUGGCGACCGAAGUCAACUGGUAAUAAGGUGGAAGAGUCCCAGGAAACCCAGGCUGACGCAGCCCCUGCCCCUGAUACGGCCAUACCUUUCUAAACUCCGCACCCACCACUGAUGCCCACCCAGCCUGCGAAAUAGCCACCACCCACACAGCAACAGCAAUAUCCACACCUAUACAGUCAUCUAUACAGUCACCAGCUACUGCAACCAUACCUCCAACAGAAAGUACAAGUACGGCGGAGUACGUCCCCUCCACGCAGGAGCUCUUAGAAGGGCUAGAUAUAAGGGCUACUGGUACAAGAACCGUGGAGCUACAAAGGCCAGCUAAGGAGCCUAAACCACAGCAAAAAAAGAGUUCUUAACACAAGAUCUUGUAGAGGUACAGGGGACGCUGAAAGUCGGUAAAAACAACAACAAAUCGCAGUGGCAACCUUACUGCACCAUGCAGAUAAGGAGGCCAUCUGCACAAGCUGGGAAUCUGGUCGACCGAUCUGUAUCGUUUCUGCGAUUCAGCUGAGGAGACAUCAUCUCAUUUGUUUGUGGAGUGUAAUGCCGUAGCGAGGUGACGAACGAACAGCAUAGGCUUAAUGUGGCCACAGAGAGAGCACAUCCAUUCCUUACAUUCAAAGGCUGUCCUGGAUUUCCUAGAAUCCUUUAUUUUAGUAUUCUCCAUAUUUUUGUUUGUACGUUAUAACUUUUUGAACUUGAAUAAAAAAAUAUUGUACUCAUACGCUAUGUUGCACAAA